AUGAAAAUUCAAAAUUUGACCAAAAGAAUUUCUAAGAAUGAAGAGAUUAUUUCACAAAGUAUACAAGAAAAUUCAGAUUGGUUGCCACCACAGACUCGACUGACUGCUAAAGCUUUAGCACUGCUUCUAUCCUUCAGUGCUCUUAUGUUGAGCAUUCCUUUUGUAGUAUUUUUUGGUAAACCCGUUGCACGUGAAAAGCAAACAUAUACGCAGAAACAACUUAAUUAA